GGCGUCCUUUCCCGAACUAUCUCUGGGGGUCCGCCAUGUUGUUUCCGGUUUCCGCCGAGGUUGGUACCCAGUCUUUUGGCCCUACGUUCUUCUGGUAAAAAACACACAGAAGCUGACGCCCGGCACCAAGCUGUGAUUGCACGGUCCUCUCAUGUCUGAAAGCCUUAGGACAAUGGACACAUCGGAGGUGAGUAGUAUAGUUAGCCUUGCCUUGUCUUAUAUUGUACUUUAGGACUUUUGAAAAUGGAAAUGGAAGAAUAAACUUAAUGUAAGAUAAAUACAUGCAGAUGAUAGCACCGAAUGUGUCGACGGAGCCAACCAGUCUCUGGUUUUCCUGACAUGGUCUGUUUGUUGUAGGGGUUGGGUUGACUCAGAAGGUGCCAACCUCUCAUGUCCCGUGAAGUCUAAACAGGCUUCAUGGACACAAGCAUGAUGUGAACGGAGCUUCAUUCCCAGGCUGGAGAUGAACACAGCAUUCCACAGUGUUCACAAGUGCUCAGACUCAGAUGGAGUCACGGGGGUUUUCUUUGCUAAAGUUGUAUAGUUGUAUAGUUCCAGACAGCUUUUGGAAGAGCCCACUACGUCAGAUGAGACCUAGAAGGUAGGAAGACAAAGCACUCCGGACCCUUCACUUCUCUCCCUACGUGCGUGCAUGUAGAGCAUAGCGGUGUCCAGACAUGUUUCUAGUAAUAAUUCGUCUUUACUGUUUGCAUUUUUUCUCCCAAUCACUGUAGUCUUGGUUCAGAUUCUCAGCGUCUCAUCACAGUCGAAUGGAAACACUGUUCUCUGCCAGCUGCCUUACUUCCGUCUUCUGCCAUGCUGCAGAGUUGCCCGUCCUCUUUCCCGGGAAGGUCUUCAUUUCAGUCCUGAUGCUGCUGCUGCUUUCUUCGCUUAUUUUCUGAGUUCUUUUUCUCCUGAUCGUAACUUACCCUUUUCUUCUUCUCAGUUCCCCACUCAUUCCACAUUAGAGGACUUCUGUGAUCCAGUCCUUUGCUGUGAGUUUAGAGAUUAUUUCUUGGUAGCAUGGACCACUUGUGUAGCAUUCAGACCAUAAGUUUAACUCCUGUGUUGAUACGAAGAGGCGCAACAAGCUCUCCUUGUCAGAAUGGAAGUAGUAUCCUCCAUUUUUUUUCUUGUAUAUGAUAUUGAUGCCAAUCUACCUUGUGGCUUUGGUGAGUACUCUAAAAUGAGGGAUAUUUUUUUCCUGGAUCCUUCUUUUUAUUCCCUCCACUUCCUUUCUCCCAGCUUUGCUCCCUGAGGUCUAACGUUAGGAGUUACAAUUCCCGCCAGCUCUGUUGUUGUUCAUUCUGCUCCAGUGGCACAUGUGAUGCUGUAGAUGGUAAGGAAGUGUGGUUGCCUAGAAACAAGCAUAUGCUUUCUUGUCACACCAGAACUGUCCGUCUCUGCUAGGUGCUAGGCUGGAAGGGUCUGUUCCUCAGGGGUGAGGCCUGAGUGCUGACGAGCUGUACAGCUAGCAGGCAGGUGUGGUGAAGGCCUUGGGAGAAAACAGAAUAAGUGGAUACCAUUUGUGUGCGAGUCAUGAGAAAGGCACAUGGAGCAUGAGUAAAAACAGGAGCACACGUCUGGAUAAUGUACAUAUCUUGCUUAUAUAUUUUGUAGCAAUACUUCCAUCUAGUUCGUAGAUUAUACAAAAUAUAUUAUUUGCUCAAAAAUGUCUUGACAUAAUUUUAAACACAGGAGAAGGCACCAGCUAGAUUGUAGUCCGUACAGGGUUGGGAUGGGAUUCUCUACAAAGGCUGUAAGUACUCUGGGUCAGGUUCAGCAGCUUGCCUGAUGUUUGCCAUAGACAGAAACCAGAGUGUGGGAAUCCACAGGUAAAGGUGAGAAGCGUACUGUGCACUCUUACCUUCACUGACCUACACAGUGCCUGGGUUCAUGAUCAGUAGCUCAGAAGGAACACUGGAAGCACAUUUGGACAACAGGAGUAUUGACAUACUGUCUGGAUGGUAGAAAUAAAGGUAUUUGUGUCUCCUAUCAAAGCUCAUCAGAAAUGACCACAGCAGAAGACUUUACUAGUAAAGUGUUUAGCACUAGGAGCUUUGAAGACAAGGUCCCACUAUGUGAGCUUGGUUGGCCUGGAACUUGCUCUGAAAACCAUGCUGGUCUUGAACUCACAGACAACCUGCCCCUGCUUUCCAAGUGCUGGCCUCAAAGAGGUAUCAGUCCAUCAUGGCAGUGAUGGCAGGUUGGAGUGGCUCCAUCAGUGGAGGUGAGAGUGUGAAGAGGAGCAGCUGUUCACACCAUGGCAGACCUGGAACCUGAGAGAGAAGUGGGAACCAGGGGCAGGUAUAACCUUCAAAGACACCCAUUUGUAGUCUACUUCCAGCAGCCAGACCCCUACCACCUAACCCUUCCACAGCCUUCAAAGUAGCACCACACGCUUCAGAUCUCAUGCUCAAAACAGUGAGCCUGUAGGGAACAUUCCACAGUCAAACCAUGAAAGGACAUCACUAAGGGCAUCUCUUAGUAUAACUGUGCCCUCUUUGUCAGGCAGGACUACAACUAUUCCAGACACUCAGUUGUGCUUCCUAGUAAAGAAGCAAGGCCUGCUGACACAUUUGCUGAAGGCUGGGGAAAUACAGCGUGAGUACUAGAAUAAGACAGACAGCUAACACACACACACACACACACACACACACACACACACACACACAUGACCAGUUACAGAAAUGAAGACUAGUUAUGUCAGUUACUUCUGUUUUAUAACAAGUAUGUUUAUGUCUGAGGAUGUAGCUAUGAUAGAUCACUUUCCAGGACUGUUUUUAUAUGUGUUCACAUGUAGCAAGCAAGUAUUUUGGAUGCUAAUUUUUUUCUGAAAUUUUUCUGGAAUUAGGAUGUGAGCAUUGUUAGAAGUGACUGCUGUUUCUUUUUCUUGGAAUCUAAUUUUAAUGUGUGAAUUCAAAUUUCUCAUCUUUUCUUGUAGUGUGUGCUUAUUGACUCUACUUCCUUUUAUAAAGGUAUUACCUCACUGGAAAUUAAAAGUAGAACAGUUCUGACCAAGAAGGCAGUGUGGGCUGUAAACUCAGUUCAGUGUACAUAUGUGGGUGUUCAUCAGUGUUUGUUUGUGGUGUUCCCUGCUCCAUCCUCAGAUUUGGAUCUUCUCUAGCUGAUGCUGUCUGUAUUUUUUGGCUGUCAGAGCUAUAGUUUAUGUUUUGAUAAGCAGCAACUCCUGCUUUGGUGAAGUUACAUAAGCAAGGUGUAUAUCACAUCUCAGGCCACGAUAGCUUCACAGAGUGGCCUCCUGGAGUUUGCUGAUCAGUAAGAAAAAGAACAGCAAACCUAAUGCCAGCUUCAAAAGGUCAUCAGAGGUGGCAGGUUACUUCUACAGGUAAUUCCAUAGACAGCGUCACCUAGUCCUGUCUGAGGCGAAGUGAGGUGGGGGUGGAGGUAUAUGUUCUGUCCACAUAAACAGCACUGAAAAGGAGUAGGCGGUGGUCCCCAUGUCCUGGAAUCCUUCACACAUACGCCAGCACAUCCAAGGUACCAUCUUUUUAGUGCAUUGUAUUUGUCUUAAGUCUCAAAAUGAUGCCAGGAAUUUAUUUCACACUCACUAUAACUACUCUUGUUUCAGAUAUCUGGCAUUUACAGAUGGAUUUCAACCUACCCUGUACAAAGUAUAGCAGACUGGAGUAUGUGUGGGAACUUGGUAAUGAGCUGAAGGGGUAAACCUUGAGUCUUGGGCAGCAGUGGUGGAUGACUUAACCCUGAAGGUUGGACACCUUCCUAGAUGAGCCCUGGUUCUGCACCCUGGUCGUUCCUAGUCGAUGCUCUCCAAGCCCGUGUCUCUGGGGUUGGUGUCCUUUGAGGAUGUCUCUGUGGACUUCACCUGGGAAGAGUGGCAGGACCUGGAUGAUGCUCAGAGGAAGCUCUACAGGGAUGUGAUGCUGGAGACCUACAGCAGCCUGCUGUCCUUGAAUCGGUGUGAUCCCAAACCUGAGUUGAUCCUGAAGUUGGAACAAGAAGCUGGGCCAUGGAAGGAAGAUGUCCCAAACCAGAGCCUCCCAGAUCUGCAGCAUGUGAAUGGCCCGGAUGAGAUCAGCCAGGAUAGUCAAAAGAUGCGUGGAUGCAGUCUGGUAAUUGCCAAGAGCAGCACGUCAGCUGAGCAGAGGGCUGAAGCAGGAAAACCAUUUACUAGCCCAAGCUGUAUUUUGAGGCUGGCUGUAAAGAAUGACGUGUCUUCUGGAACGAGACAUGGGGCACGUAAUAUGUGGGCUAAUGUGCUUCUCCCUAGUGAGCCCAGUGAGGUGCAGGCGGUAGAGGAACGUGGUCUUCCGGUUGUGACCAGGGUGUCCCCCAGGCUUCCUGAGCCUCUCAGCCUGUAUCACAGUACUCAAUGUGAAGAACGGCACUUGCAGUGUCGUAGGCACAGUGACGCUUUCCACACGAAGACAGUGUGGCUACAGGACACAUUUCCUAUCAGAGACCCCUCCAGUAAAUUGAGGAACUACAGGAAAGGAUUAGAAAAGUUAGCUCUUCCUGGUCUAGGAGGGACCCAGGUACAGGAGCAAGCUUUUGAAUGUAAAGUGUGUGGGAGAUUGUUCUAUAGAAAUUCUCAUCUCACACAGCACUUAAAAACCCACAAAGAAAAGAAAUAUUAUAAAGGCAAUGAUUGUGGGCCAAUAUUCAAUAUACAAUCAAACCUCCAAAAACAUCAGCAUUCACAUGUGGGAGAAGAGCCUUACACAUGUGAUGAAGAUGAGAAAUACAUUUGCCAGAAAUCAGAAAAGAGUGUGCAGCAGAGCAUCAUAGGGGAUGGAAGGAAUGUGUACGGGAAAAUGGUUGGCUCAAAAUUAAAUCGCAGUGUUCAACAGAACCCUCCCAAGGCUGAGAAAUCCCAUGAAUACAGUAUAUCUGGAAAGACAGUUAGUAAGUCGAACCUCCAGCUUGAGCUGGCACACAGAUAUGAGAAAGCGUAUGAAUGUGAUACUUGUGGGAAAACCUUUAACCACACACCAGGUUUCUACUUGCAUUCGGGAGCCCACACAGCUGAGAAACCCUACGAGUGUAAAGACUGCCAGCAGUCAAAACCCAUCGUGAACCAGCAAACCCCCACGCAGGAAAAACGCUACGUGUGUAAUGUGUGUGGAAAAGCCUUUUACAAAAGAGCCCACUUACAUGCACAUCAGAGAACUCACACAGGUGAGAAGCCUUAUGACUGUAAAGAAUGUGGGAAGUCUUUCAGGCUGAAGUCAUUUCUGGUUGUACAUCAGAGAAUUCACACGGGUGAAAAACCCUUUGCAUGUACCACGUGUGGGAAAAGUUUCAAGCAGAGGACAAGUCUCUACACGCACAUACGAAUUCACACGGGUGAGAAGCCCUAUGAAUGUAAAGAAUGUAGGAAAUCCUUUAUUCUCAAGUCAUACCUCACCGUACAUCAGAGAACUCACUCGGGUGAGAAACCCUAUGAGUGUGAUGUAUGUGGAAAAUGCUUUAAGCAAAAUUCCCACCUUCAUGCACACAAGAGAACUCACACAAAUGAGAAACCCUAUGAGUGUAUAGUGUGUGGCAAAAGUUACAAGCAGAGCCCAAGCCUCUAUACACAUAAGAAAAUCCAUACAAGCGAGAAGCCCUAUGAAUGUAAACAGUGUAGGAAGUCAUUUAGUUUGAAGUUUCAUCUCACCAGACAUCAGAGGACGCACUCGGGUGAGAAUCACUACCAGUGAGGUGUGUGAUGAGCCUAUAAGUCGAGUUCACACCUGUGUGCAUCAGAGAGCUCACCAGGGAGAGAUCCUAUGAAGAUGCAGAACAGCUCCACCACUAGUCAUCUGCCCACCAUUCUCAGGAGCUUUCCUGCGGAGAAACUCCACCCGUGUUCCAUAUGUGGAAAGGCCUGCCCGGUGUCAAGCUGGUACACAGGUCAGAGAAUUCACGCAGGUGACAAACUUUUAUAAUUAAAAAGAAAAUAUUCCAGCCAAAGAUAGAUCAGAGAACUCACAAACGGGGAGAAAUCUUAAGAGCAUAUAAAUGUAAAAAAUAUCUCAACCAUAGAUAUAACUCACUGUGCAUUAAAACACAUACACGUAGAUGAAAUGUUGAAAACCCUUACUCCAGAUAUCAUAUCUCAUCAGUCAUUAGGUAAUGUAUACCCUAUAAGGAAGCCCUAUGAAUGUAGAAAGUCCUUCAACCAUAGGUCAUCCUUUACUGCAUACCAAAGAAGACGCAUGGGGACAUCUCCAUGGAUGUUGUUUAUGUGCAGAAAACAGGUACUCAAGACAAACGUCCGUGUCCACCAGAAAACUCAAAACUGAGAGACUCUGACUCUAAAUACUGUAGGAAAUAUUUCAGCCAUAAGCCAUCUGUUGCCGUACGUGAAAGAAGUCACAUAGGUGAGUAACCCUAAACACAUAGGUGAGUAUAAUGGAAGCAGGGAACCCUUUAAGAGAUGCCAGGUCUCUUUUUAUUAAAGAACUUGCACUGCUGAGGAACCCCAAGAGUAGCUACAGGGAAAUGCCUUUUCCAGUAGGCAGUCCGCUCUAAACAUCAGUGACUGGCUGGAAGCACAUGAGUAAUGUAUGUGGGAAACCCUCUUCCUGGAUGUCAGCAGACGUAAUCACUGUAUCUGGAAGAUCCACAUCUCUAAGUCAGACCUCGGGAGACAUUAGAGUUAGCACAGAGACUGUAAAGCAGGUAAUAAUGUGGGCAGUGUUUCUAAGAAGUCGCUCAGCAGGAAUCAGUCCCAAACGCAGAGUCCCAUGGGCUCCCAAGAUUUAUUUUCCUUGCUGCACUCAUAAGCCUGUGCUGUACAGUGCAUUUCUGUUUGUGAGCCGUCUGCUAAGCUCUAGUGGAAUGUAAGUGCGCGUGUUCUAUUUAUUUCUAUCCCGCUAUCCCCAGAAUCUUACAACAAACCCCACCUGGGUGCCCAUCCAUAGUUGGCCUGAAGUGCACAUAACCUCUAGCAUGUUUGGGAGCCAUGUGGAGAAGGGCACUGUGGCUCAGGAAUAGUUUGUCCUGAGAGCUGUGAUCCUCCUGCCUGUUUCUGCCAUCUCUCUAGUGUCUGGAAGGGAGAUCCGCACAAUCUGUAAUAGGGCAGGCCCACAGCCGUUAGUUUACCCUAGGAGGUGGGGGAGACAAAUAAAUUCUCUUUUUAGAAAGCUGUCCGGAGAGAGAUCCUUGUUGCCACUCUUCAUUCUCAUGCUGCUUUGUGGGGAGAAGAAAUCCUGAUGAAAUUCCCAUAAAUAGCGAGUGUCUCUGGUAGGGAUCUUCCACUAAACAGAUCAUUGUGUGAACUUUUUUUUAUGUGAAACCUCUCAACUUCCAGUCAGGUUUCAAAAAUCCUGACCAAGGAAAAUUAUCACUAUGGAAUCUGUACAUUAAUUUUUUAAUGGUAAAUCUCAUAUUCCAGUUUUUCAAAAUCUGCAUGCCAGGAGAUGAACAUUAAUAAUGCUGCCUAUCGGCGGGCAUCAGUCUCUGUCUGGGGUCAUUUGUGGUGUUGUAACCAGAGUUUGGGAGAGGCCAGUGGCACAUGCAGGGGUAUAGCUGACCAGCCUACGGUGUGUUGGGUAGUACACUCAUGUAUGUAUGGUUCAAGGAUGUGAGUGUGUCAUAUCAUCAUGUUCCAUGAUGAGACUUAGCAGAAGGGACUCUCCGUGGCUUCGUGUUGCAAUGAACAUUGAUAUUUCCUACAUUUGAUGACAUUCUGGCCUCUUUAUAUCUUCCUAGCCUCAGACAUUGUAUUAUAUACCUUCUUAAUCUUGUGUCAUCUAAAAGUGUAUGACAGUUAUUACUGGCUCAAGUAAAUAAAGGUAUUCUUUUCCUCA